AUGCUGAGAAAACUAUGUACAGCCACGCUUUCAAAGGCACUGAACCAAGUCAACCGACCGAAUCCCAUUCUAGCCUUCCAGAAAUUGGCAAUGAGUAGCCAUGAUAAACAAGGGCCUGGAAUACAAGGGGCUGAAACCCAAGGGCUUGAUAGCAAAAUGUUUGAAUUGAAGGACAGAAUGAGGCAAGUUGUAUCUGAUGUCAUUUCUGCCCAGGACUCAAGUUCUAAUGUCAUUGAGGCUAAAACCAAGCAGCUUGUAUCUUUCUACACAGAAUUAGAGACAGAGAAUCGGCUGGAGUUCCUCAGUAUAUUAGGAGAGGACUUUGGUGUCAAUCACAAGAACAUUCUCCAUCUAUCCCAGUCCUUCAAAUCUGCACAGGAGCGUGGUCAAAAUGUUCUGUUAAAUAUUGAAGAUCGCCUGAGACAGUCUCUGAUUCCAAAGUACCAAGUAUUAUUCAAACAAAUAGGACACCUAGAGGGUGGUGUGAAAUUCCUAGUAGACAUCAGAGCAGAUAUUCUUAACUUGAUCUCAAGCCAAGGCCCUGGCCACUAUAACCCACACCUUAGGACUUUAAGUAACUCCCUUAAGGAGCUGAUCUCAGUGUGGUUCAGUGUUGGUCUUGUACACCUGCAGAGGGUCACAUGGCAAUCAUCUUGUGACAUGCUUCAAAAGAUAUCUGAUUAUGAGGCUGUACAUCCUAUUCGUAAUUGGGCAGACCUGAAGCGUCGAGUUGGGCCCUACAGACGCUGUUUUGUGUUCACGCACAAUAGUAUGCCUCUUGAGCCUGUUGUGGUCCUUCAUACUGCCCUCACUAGCGAUAUAUCAGAUAGUAUUCAGUCAAUAGUGCGUGAAACUGGGAGUGACAACAAGACUAUAGCAGACACAGAAGAUACAAGUAAAAUAACCACUGCAGUAUUCUACUCAAUAACAUCAACACAAAAAGGUUUACAAGGUGUGGACCUGGGCAAUUAUUUGAUUAAACGUGUGGUGAGGGAACUGUUAGCUGAGUACCCUAGAAAUUUGACAAAGUUUUCUAGUCUUUCUCCAAUCCCAGGCUUCAGAGACUGGCUUAUUACUGAGAUUAACAAACACCUACAUCAUAAUCCAUGCCAAGAGGAGGUAUUCACCGAAGAAGAAAUAAAGUCCAUAAUGAGCAACCUGCCACUGACUGACCAGCUCCCAUUAGAGGCUAUAAAAAAAGUGCUACUUGACAAUAGCUGGGCAGUAUCAGAGGCACUACGGACCAUUCUAGAAGGACCCCUUAUGAGAUUGUGUGCUAAAUACUUGUAUAUAGAGAAACAUAGAGGAUAUGCUUUGAACCCUGUUGCUCAUUUUCACCUGCGUAAUGGUGCAGUCAUGUGGCGAUUAAACUGGAAGGCAGAUGUGUCACCAAGGGGUCUUUCUAGUUCCUGCGGGAUAAUGGUGAAUUAUCGCUACUUCCUCUCUGAUACUGAGCAAAAUAGCAAAAACUAUAUGGAAAGGCAACAUAUUGAAGGUUCAGCUCAGGUCAGGGACUUGAUUCAACAAUUUAGACCACCAAUUGAACACAAGAGUCAGUUAUAGUGUUGAUGUUGUAUAGUGAUUUAUUUUAUGGAAUUAAAGAUAUGUGAUGAUUUUCAGCUAAAAUAUACUGAAUAAAAGUACACUUGAAAUUUAUCAUGGGGUCAAAAUAGGAUCUCUGAUGCGUUCUAAGAAUAUCAGAAGUUCUGUUACUAAACAAACAGAUCCAAUAUCUAUUAAAAAGAGAUAAGCCUACUAUGAGUUUCUCAAUCACCGGACUGCCGGAGUACAGGGUAAUGUCACAUUUGCUCCGAUUUUCAC